UUGUAAUUAGUGUUUAUUGCAUCAAUUAUCUCCAAAAAUAGGAGAUCUCUUUCUCAAGAGGGUUUGGCACAGCCCGACAAGAUCUUGACAUUGCCAGGACAACCUGCAGGCGUUGAUUUUGAUCAGUAUUCGGGAUAUGUCACUGUCAAUCCAAGCGCAGGCAGGGCUCUUUUCUAUUACUUUGUUGAGUCUCCCACUGAUUCUUCAACAAAACCAUUGGUUUUAUGGUUAAAUGGAGGACCAGGAUGCUCUUCCAUGAUCGGAGCCAUGUCAGAACUAGGACCGUUCAGAAUCAAUAGUGAUGGAAAAACUCUCUUCAGAAAUGACUAUGCAUGGAGCAACGUUGCAAAUAUGUUGUUUCUAGAGUCCCCAGCCGGAGUGGGCUUCUCAUAUUCGAAUACGACUUCUGAUUAUGACAAUGCUGGAGACAAGAACACUGCCGAUGAUGCUUACAUUUUUCUUAUUAACUGGCUCGAGAGAUUCCCUCAGUACAAAACUCGUGAUUUUUACAUUACUGGAGAAAGCUACUCUGGACAUUAUGUGCCUCAACUUGCUUAUACUAUCCUUCUUAACAACAAGAACACAAACCAGACCAUCAUCAAUAUCAAAGGGAUUGCUAUAGGAAAUGCGUGGAUCGAUGAUGAAACAGGUUUGAAAGGUAUGUUUGAUCAUUGGUGGACUCAUGCUCUAAAUUCAGAUGCGACUCACAAUGCCGUCAUGAAAUACUGCAACUUUGCGAACUUAACUGGCAUGUGUGAAGAUACUGCCAACAAAGCGUUUGAUGAGAUGGGAGAUAUCGAUAUAUACAACAUCUAUGCCCCGAUUUGCUUGAACCCUGAUCAAAGAAAUACCUCUGGAACUGGUUCUAUUAACAUUUUUGAUCCAUGCUGGCAAAAUAUCCUCAUAUCCUAUCUCAAUGACUCUAUUGUGCAAAAGGCAUUUCAUGCGAAACCUACAUCAUGGGAUGUAUGCAGUGAUGUUAUCACACGUUGGAAUGAUAGUGCCGAUACCGUCCUGCCCAUAAUCAAGUAUCUGAUUGCAAACGGCCAACGACUAUGGGUAUUCAGUGGGGAUACAGAUGCCCAGGUUCCAAUUACUUCUUCUAGGUACUCAAUCAACACCCUCAAUCUCCCAAUCGAGACUGCUUGGCGGCCAUGGUACCUCAACAAGGAGGUUGGAGGGUAUUUGGAGGCAUACAAAGGACUGCUUCUGAUAACUGUUAGGGGUGCAGGCCAUGAGGUCCCAAGCUACCAGCCACAGCGUGCAUUUGCCUUAUUCUCGUCGUUCCUUGGAGGGACACUCCCUCCUCCCUCCUUGUUUGUUUUAAGCAAUGCUGAUAUUCAGGCAAACAAGCUUUUCGAGUUGCUAAAAGCAAAAAAAUCUAGAAACCAACCUGUUGGUGAUACAUGGUCGGUUUUAGAAGAUGCCAUUGAUGAGUACUCUCCAGUUUAUGUAGGAGCUCAAGAGGGUUUGGCACAGCUCGACAAGAUCUCGACAUUGCCAGGCCAACCUGCAGGCGUUGAUUUUGAUCAGUAUUCGGGAUAUGUCACUGUCAAUCCAAGUGCAGGCAGGGCCCUUUUCUAUUACUUUGUUGAGUCUCCCACCGAUUCAUCAACCAAACCAUUGGUUCUGUGGCUAAAUGGAGGACCAGGAUGUUCUUCCAUGAUCGGAGCCAUGACAGAACUAGGACCGUUCAGAAUCAAUAGUGAUGGCAAAACUCUCUUCAGAAAUAACUAUGCAUGGAGCAACGUUGCAAAUAUGCUGUUUCUGGAGUCCCCGGCUGGAGUUGGCUUCUCAUAUUCGAAUACGACUUCUGAUUAUGACCAUGCUGGAGACAAGAACACUGCAGAUGAUGCUUACAUUUUUUUAGUUAACUGGCUCGAGAGAUUCCCUCAGUACAAAACCCGCGACUUUUACAUCACCGGAGAAAGCUACGCCGGACAUUAUGUGCCUCAACUUGCUUAUACCAUCCUUCUUAACAACAAGAGAACAAACCAGACCACCAUCAAUAUCAAAGGGAUUGCUAUUGGAAAUGCAUGGAUUGACGAUGUAACAAGUUUGAAAGGUAUGUUUGAUUAUUGGUGGACUCAUGCUAUAAAUUCAGAUGAGACUCAUGAUGCCAUCUUCAAAUACUGCAACUUUGUGAACGAUUCUUCAACGGGCAUUUGCGACGAAAGUAUGAGCAAAGCGUUUGAUGAGAAGGGAAAUAUCGAUAUCUACAACCUCUAUGCCCCGAUUUGCUUAAACCCGGAUCAAAGAAACGCCUCUGGAACUGGUUCUAUUGACGUUUUCGAUCCAUGCUGGCAAUAUAUCCUUCUAUCUUAUCUCAAUGACUCUGCUGUGCAAAAUGCAUUUCAUGUGAAACCUACAUCAUGGGAUGUAUGCAGUGUUGAUAAUAACCUGUGCAGCGAUGUUCUCACGCGUUGGAAUGACAGUCCGGAUACUAUCCUCCACAUAAUCAAGUAUCUGAUUGCUAACGGCCAACGACUAUGGGUAUUCAGUGGGGAUACAGAUGGUCGGGUUCCAAUUACUUCUUCUAGGUACUCAAUCAACGCCCUCAAUCUCCCAAUCGAGACUGCUUGGCGGCCAUGGUACCUCAACAAGGAGGUUGGAGGGUAUUUGGAGGCAUACAAAGGACUGCUUCUGAUAACUGUUAGAGGUGCAGGCCAUACGGUCCCAAGCUACCAGCCACAGCGUGCAUUAACCUUAUUCUCAUCGUUCCUUGGCGGGAUACUCCCUCCUCCCUCGUAA